AUGGUUGCUCGCUCAGCACCGACGUUGAGAUUUUCCUCCGUGCAACACCAAGAUCUCCUUCCAGCCGCAUCGCCCGAUCCACGAAGCAAGAUUUCCCCUUUCGCCCACGACACCACCAAAACAAACCCUAAACCCUCCACCGUCACCACACGUCGAAAUGCCAUAAUCCAGCAACAACAACAACAACAACUGCUGCAGGGCCACCAACUCCGAAAUAAACUAAAACCCCUCCGACAAUCCAAACUCCCCUUUUCCACCCCUGCCUCCUCUUCCGCCUCCCACCGCCUAGGCCCUGGUUCUGGCCCUCCCCCGCCUCCCCGUCAACGCCAACCCACCAAGACAAUUCCGGCCCACGAACGGCCUUUCAAAAAGGCAAAGCUGGAUGGUCGCCAUCAUGACCAGGCAUCCAUCACCGGGCCUGCAAAGCUUCCCUUGCGCAGCAGGGACUUGCAAGGCGUAUUAUUGACCCCGGAUCCAACCACCACCACUAAUACAAGAACCACAACAAUAUCAUCAGCUGCAUCUCGGACGCGGUCUGCUACUACUGCUGCUGCUGCUGCUGCUUCUGCUGGCGGUGGUGGAGGUGGUAAUGCUACUGCUCCCACUACCCUGGGUCUAGCCGAGGUGGCCCGCUCCCCCGUUUUGACCAUUCCUCGAACAACGCGCAGAUCUGCACAUAGUCACCAUCGCCCUCCCGUGGUGGUGAGUGAGGAUGUGGAGAAGCCUGAUGGGCUAGCGAUCGCGGAUGAUCAUGAUGAUGGUAAUCAUAAUCAGCGUAAAAAUGACGGAGGGAAUGUUAGUAGCCUCAGGAGAGGCGCGCAUGCGUCUGCGUUUGGGGCUGAUCGGCGUAUUGGUGGUGGAGAGAUUGCUACGCGUAAUGAUAACUUGUUGAAGGGUGGGACUCCUUCGUCGACUACUGUUGUUGGUCGGGAGAGGAGGUCGUUACGGUCUCACGAUGGAGGGUCGAGGUCGAAGAGUGAACUGGCGUUGUAUUUUCAGAAUUAUGAGCAGAUUCUUAGCUUGGAGCCUGUGAAGCCUGACACCACAGUCUUUCUCAUCGAUGAUCUCACCCAGCCCAUCACACUUAAUCCUCCGCCGACAAAUGCAUCAGCGGCCAAACUUAGAGGAAAACAGCAACAUAAAAGAAAUCUAAUAGACGACGAAGUCGUGCAAUCAGGAAUGGACAACCCACUUCUUGAGUUGCAUGAUGCCCAAAUACUCGACCUACGGCCAUCAACAAAUAAUAGUAGGAAACCACCAAAAGAUCCAUUGGAUGACGAUGUCUACUUCAAGGCCCACCGGAGAAUUGAACGGCAAGAGAAGCAGCUUCGGAAUAUUGAAAAAGAGAGGGCUCAGCAUGAAAAAGUCCAGCUGGAUCGACUACUUGAUGAGCUUCAGGGUCAUGACUGGCUACGAGUUAUGGGUAUAAGUGGAAUCACAGAGACGGAAAAGAAGCUAUACGAACCGAAACGCGCGUAUUUCAUCAAAGAGGUGUCGGCGUUGAUUGAGAAAUUCAGAUUAUGGAAAGAAGAGGAGAGACGAAGAAAGAUGGAAAAAGAUCAAUCCCUCGCUGGCGAAGUCGACGACGGUGAAGAUGAAGGAGAUGAUAACGAAGAAGACGAAUCCGAGGCCGAGGAUCACGACGACGAUGAAGCACAGGAAGUGGUUGACCAAUCCAACCCAUGGGGAAAUGGUAACAGGCCCCAACCCAACGGGGACCUGAACUCUCCUUCUCCAGACUUCCAAACCUACGGUGAGCCCCCAGACAUCAAUGAUGUCGAUGCCUGGGCAGCCCACCAGCUCCAUCAAGAAGCCAUCUCAGCCUCCUCAAACACAGCCCGCCACACCAACCUACGUCCCGAACAUGUCUCCAUACCACCAUCUCCUUCAUCUUCAUCAUCAUCUUCUUUUUCCUCCCCUUCGUCCUCAUCCUCCUCGCCUACAUCCACAUCCACAUCCUACCCUGCUCCUACUGGCCGCGAUUCUGACCCAGCUGCCGCUACCCUUAGCCCCGCCACGACACACAUCUCUGCACAGGCACCCACCUCACCAACACCACCGGCACCACCGCCGCCAGCCCAACCAGAACCCCAGCCGUUUACAUCAUUCUAUACGAAACGGCACCUCCGUGACGCCGCCGUCGGGAAAAUCCGACGGGGCCGCUCGCGGACCGCGUUCGGGCAGCCGCUGCCAGAAGUAGCGGCGCGGGAGUUCCAACUGCCUAGAGACAUCCUUACGGAAGAGGCGAUCGAUGCCUGUCAGAGGAAGAAGAGGCGGCUGCGGAGGGCGCGGAGGGCUUGA